AUGAUUGCCCUUCUUGGCCUAUCUACCGGUAUCGUCAACUAGUCUCGACUGGCAAGGCCGGGCUGGAGUUGAAUGCGAGCACUAGAGCCAGAAAUUGAUCGGUUGGCUAAUCAAGUAACGGGAUACCCAGUAUCAGUGGCCUCUUCCUGGCUCAUAAUCGUCAGAGUGUUCGACUUCAGUUCCGCCGCGCGGGUAACUUAAGUUUCCGUUGCGGUACGGCAGUUUACCAGACCAAAUAGUCGACAGGGAUCGAGACGAAUCAAGCGGUUGUUGGAACGGGUGGGGUAUCAUAAAAUGGGCGCCUGGCACCGGAAGUCUGCCCUAACAGGGCCCGACAGCCUAGCUUAGUAACCAGGAAUCGGCAAACUGCGAGUUUAGGAGGAUUGAGGAUCUCCCGCCGACGUUUCCCCAAGCACGAGAACCGCAUCUGCAAGAACCCGACCUUGCCCCGUUAGAUCCUCUCCAAUCGGUUUCUACCUGGCCUAUUGCGGCAACAAUGAAUCAAGAUAGGGAGUCUCAAGAUAGCUCCAUCGAGAGCGGGCAUCACCAACCGCAGCACCAGAUUCAAUUGAGUCCGCCUCCCUCACAGCAAGGCGGAGGCGAGCUAAAUAGUGGAGGUGGAAGCUCAGGUAGUGGUUCCAAGAGGAAACGGGUUUCUUUGGCUUGCAAUGCCUGCAGAACGAGGAAGUCGAAGGUGUGAAAAAUAUUUGCUUUAGUUUUUGGCCAUAGGGAUAGUUCCUGUUGUACCCGUUAGAGGGCUGGUCAAUGUCAAUCGAAAUCCGGAAGGUUUGGACGAGAAGCUUACCCACAAGACUGUGUACCUAGUGCGAUGGGGUUCGGCCAAAAUGUUCAAUGUGUAGAGGCAAGUCGAUCGAUUUUAUCUGCCUUUUGUUAUCCGGGCGGUUACUUGGGGAAGUUAUGUGUUAACAUGCAUCAUGUUUCAGACCUGGAUUUCGACUGCGUUUAUCAGCAGAGCGCUUCUUCUUCGAAUACAAUUAUCGGAAAAGAGUAUAAAUGCCUUCUUAGCGAUGCGAAAUCUUAGUACGGUGGUCUGCAAGUUCUAAAUUUAAACCUCACAGUUACAUUGGCCGCCUCGAGACUCGGUUGCUUGCCGUGGAAAACCUUCUAGCAGCGCAAGCCUCCAAAUCUCAACUUCACAGCUCACCUUCCACACUCACGGCCCCGAACCGCGACCUUGACGAUGACGCACGGAACCGGCGCAGUGUUAGCACUGACGGUCCACCUUCAAAACGUGUCCGGAUCGAAGGGUCGUACACACCGAGCUUAGACGCAAAUAACGGGGAGACCUUCGUGAACCUUAAGCUAGGACAAUUGGAAGAUGAAUCAAGUGCCCAAGAUACGGUUCUUGACGGCAUGGGCGCCCUGAACCUGGGGGAUGAAGAGGAUUAUGGCUAUUUCGGUAACUGCAACUGCACGACACACCUUUCAGUUGUUCUAAAAAAUUUGUUAUUCAGGUCCGUCAUCGAACAUAGCCUUCAUCGGGCAUGUCACCCGCGCCCUAGCAACAUCUGUGAGCGUGACUACAACUCUCGCGAAGGAGUUUCGCCGCACAGAUUCUACCCUAGAAUCCUCCUCUCGUUUCAUCUCUCCUCAUAACUCGCCGGCCCCAUCGACUGGGGGUGAACUCGAUAUUCGCGCAGGGAAUGUCAAUAUAUAUGUUCUGCCGCCUCAAAAGCGUGUAUUACACUAUGUAACAUUGUAUUUCCAAAACACUAAUAUCCUAUUUCCAUAUCUGCAUCAGCCCAGCUUCCUAGAGACCUACGAAGAGGCUUUGAGGGAUGGAUUUUCAAAGGUUCGGCGAACAUGGCUAGCUUUGUUGAACCUAGUUAUGGCGAUGGGCAGUAGAGCUAGUACAGAGACGGGUAUUAGCGCCGAAGAGAAAUAUACGACUGCUGAGGUGUUUUAUCAGAGAGGGUUUGGUUUAUGUGAUGGUCAUUUUCUUAGGCUUGCAAGUUUAGAUUCGGGUGAGGCUUCAGAAACGGUCUCUGGUUGGUCAACGGAACUAAUGGCGAAUAGUGCACUUGCUGCUGAUGAUGAGCCAUUAUCUCCAGAGCACGCGGAAGCCAAAUCAGUGUUGGACUACGCACGGGUUAGCUGUACGAAUAGCAUUACAACUUGGGCUACAUUCUAAUCAAGCCUUGCAACGGUUCCCGCCCUUGGAGAGGGAACUGAGGAAAAGAGCUUGGUAUGGUUGCGUUUUGCUAGAUAGGUAAGUGGCCUGAGUGGCAAGAUUUCAACUCGACACCACCACUGACCGGCCCACGGAACCUUAUGCAUGACUUUUGGCCGGCCUUCUUCAAUAGCAACGUACGCAGAAAAGCUGGACCUGCCAUUGGACGUUGAAGAUGAUGUGUUCAAGACAAGCAUGUCACCUGUUCCGGUUCAGCCGUCUACUCCCACAUCGGUCACCUUCUUUAUUAUUUCUAUGUGAGGACACCUCUUCAUUCGACCUUGCAUUAGCUAAUCGGAAGCUUAGAAAGCUAUAUACCCUCCUAGGUAUGAUAAUUGACACGCUAUAUGGGGGAAAUCUCGGUGGCAGGGACCAAGUAGAACCCACGUUCGCCGAUGUAGCCCGUGUCGCAGAGAUAGAGGAAAAGCUCUCUACCUGGCGACAGCAACUCCCAGCAGCGCUCAGUAUCGUAUCUUCCUCAGAUAUCCCAAAUGGCGGCGGCCCGCCGAGCAAGUUUUGGCGGCAAAGUAUCAUAUUGUCGCUUCGCUACUACAACACUCGAGCACUCCUCCAUAGGCAGUUUGUUGUCAAAGGACUAAGCGAGAUUUGGGGAGGCGGGCCGAGUACUAACAAGUUUGAGGGCGAUUUCUUUUGGAACUUUGGAUGGGCUAGCAUCAAAGUGUGUGCGGAGAGCGCGAUUGAGACGGUAGAGAUCAUACACAAAGUGAAGUAUCGCAGCGAUCUUCUUGGUUUUUGGUGGUUUACUCUCUACUACAGUACUUCUACCACAACCAUUCAUUUGGGAGAGAGUCUAACAUCAUGAAACAGCAUUCAACGCGAGCCUGGUACUUGUAUCAAAGGUCCUUAUUGUCAGUCAAGUUCGCCAGUUAGCGCUCCGACCGGGCUUUGUCCCGGAAACUGCCGGUUUACUCAAACAUCUGGAGAUGGCCAUGGAAACUAUUGAGGUGCUAGCGGCUGGAAACAGAAUCGCUAACCGCUGCCGCCUUUUCCUCGAGAACCUCAUGCGCUACGUUGCGCCUCUUGGUUUGUUCUCCCCUUCCAUUCACUCUAACGGCCCGCUAAUCCGCACUACUAAAGCAACCUCUUCCCCCCGCAUAGUAACGUCGAUGUCCCAGCCCGCCCAACUGCCCGAUCGUACCAGCACUGAUACGCCAGAAUCCUCCACCGUGCAGAAUGAACCACCACAAGACCCAUACCAAGGUUCGAUUGAGGAUUUACAGAAGUCGCCAUUCCGCACACAGCUAGGGGAGUUUAUGCUGGAGAGCGAUUUCACGUAUCUAAAUUCCAUCCUUCCACCGCUGGCCAUAGGUGGUAUGAGCGGCAUGGAGAACGGUCAGCCAUCCUCCAGCGCAUACGUCCCUAACGGAAGCGACUACGCGCACAUGAGUUUCGGGGCC